AUGGUGGGUGGCUCCGCCCUGGAAACUGCAGAAGUGUGCGUGGGGACGUCGGUUGGCACGAUCACGGAGCCAGAUUGCCUCGGUCCCUGCGAGCCUGGUACUUCGGUCACGCUGGAGGGCAUCGUGUGGCACGAGACGGAAGGUGGUGUACUAGUAGUCAACGUGACGUGGCGGGGGAAGACCUACGUAGGAACGUUACUGGACUGCACGCGACACGACUGGGCGCCACCACGGUUUUGCGACUCACCGACAGAAGAGUUGGAUGCUCGGACACCUAAAGGUCGAGGGGCGAAACGUGGUCGCAACGCCGCACCUACAGACAUGACAAACUUCACUGAAACGCGAUCCUCAGUACAUAGCAAGCUGCGAAAUGGAGGUGCUAAAGGUCGCAGGGCUCUACCUUCUCCCACUCCCUUCACUCCACCGAGACCCGACUCAAAAAGGAAACGCACAUCUGAUGCUGAGGAACGACCACCCACGCCAAAAGCGAAACGGCCGCCGCCGACGACAUCAUCACCCCCUCCUGACCCUGUUCUUCUGGAGUGUCCAGAGCCGAAUUGCUCUAAAAAAUACAAACAUGCAAACGGAUUAAAAUAUCACCGAUCUCACGCACAUGGAUCGCCAGAUGAUGACGACAAGGAUGGCUCGAGUUCGGAGCAAGAGGAGCCUGCUGCGGAGCCAGCAUCGCCGGCCCGACCGCCCUCAGAACCAGCAACUCCAGCCACCCCAAUUAAAUCCCCACCUACACCAGCAAAAUCUCCAGAAGCAAAAGUGGAUAAGUCUCCUGAGAAGUCGCCGGAGAAGCCAGAGGUAGAGGCGGAAUCGCCGCAGCAGCCACGAUUUGCUGAAGAUUUCAGCGCUAUGGCGGAGCCGGCGGCACCAGUUGAGCGUCCGCAGACACCACCCCAGCCUCCGGCCACGCCGCCUGAUACCCUUCCUACGCUACAGCCUACACAAUUUAAGGUUAAGCCUCGUUCAGCGUUAAUGGCGGAGGAGCGCAAAUCAACGGAAUCCCCGGCUGAAGAGUCCCCCGGGAAGCGCCGAGCGAGGCGCUCACCCACCCCGGGCGUCAGAUCACCAGCUUACUCCGACAUUUCUGACGACGCUGCUCCGCCUGACGCCCCACCUGAUACCGACCCAGCGCACAGACCUUUCCCGGUUUAUCAUCAGUACUAUGGCCAGCCGUCAUUUUUGCCUCCAACACAUCCGCCAACAGCGCCUCCGCCCUCGGUAGAAAAGAACAAGGAAGAGCUGUCUAAAGGAGAUCCUAAAACUGAUUUAAAAGAUGGGAAACCUGAUAACGGCCCUCAAAAGGUAAUACCGCAGCACUUCUACCCUUACAACUACGUGCCGAACUUCCCUUAUAAUGUUGAAGCUGGUGGGCCACCACCGGGGGCGCCUUUGGAUGACAAGAGCAAAGACAACGACCGGUCCAAGACUACCCCGAGUCCUCUAGACAAAAGCAAACAGCGGCCUCCAGACGGGAAGGAAAACCCAGCUAGACCGAAUGACAAUCAUCAGAUUCUUAAAGAAAGUAUUGAAAUGAAGGCGCAGAUGGGACCUUAUAAUUUCCAAAGACCACCACACGUAAGAGAGGAAGAGUUGAGGAGAUAUUAUAUGAGUUUGGAUCAAAGACGGAAAGAGGGGGGCGAGUCGAAGCCCCCCGGGGGCGCGGCGGGGGCGAGUGGUGGGCAGGGGGGCCGGCCUCCGCCGCAGCCCGCACACAAACAGCCCCCCAAAGAUAAGGACGAUAAGCCCAAAGAGGAGGUCAAGGUGAAGCAAGAGGGCCAGAAGCCCACGACAGAGACCCAGGGUCCGCCCCCGCCCCCGACGUCGCAGUACUACCUGCCGCCGUACAUGCAGCCGCCGCACUACGGCGCGCUGCCCUUCGACCCGGUGUACCGCGCGCCGCUCAGCCCCAUGCUGGUGGGCGGGUUCGGCGGCGGCUGGACCGUGCCGCGCUACCACGCGCCGGAGGACCUGUCGCGGCCGCCGGCCGGCAAGCUGGAGCUGCUGCCCGGCGCGCCCGGGCCCGCGCCGCACUCGCAGUUCGCGUACGGCGGCGCGCCGCACAAGAUCCACGAGCUGCAGGAGCACGCCAAGUCGCCGCAGGGCAAGCCGCGCGCCGACGCGCCCAAGGAGCCGCCGCCCGGCGCGCGCUCGCCGCCGCCGCAGCGCCACGUGCACACGCACCACCACACGCACGUCGGCCUCGGCUACCCGCUCUACCCGCCGCCCUACCCCGCGGCGGCCGUGCUGGCUAGCACUCAGGCCGUAGUCAACUCGUUCCCGACGCCGCCCAAAUGA